AGGGAGAGGAGAGAAAGAGACAGGUAGAAGUUUAAAUAGAGAGUGGGAACAGUUUCUGUUGAACUGAAAUGGAAUUUCAAUGUUGUGUCGAUAAUUGUCUGUCAACUCUUCAACAAGAAGAUAUUUAUGAGAGAAGGAAACAUCUCCCCUCAUUUAAGUCAGUUGACUAUGUUUCUGAAGAGAUCUCAUACGAAGAUUUUUUCCUUCGUUAUUUAAUCCCUAACAAGCCGUGUGUAUUCAGUUGUAAACACACCCGACAUUGGCGAAGUCGUACAGAAUGGGUAGACGAGCAAGGGAAACCGAAAUUUGAGUUUUUAAAGACUAACUUCGGAAAUGCGAAAGUUCCAGUAGCAAUUUGUAACGAAAAGGAAUUUGAUUCCCAUCCAAAAGUAGAACAGACAUUUUCUGAUUAUUUGGAAUAUUGGCAAGAUUACAUUUCGAAUAGCUAUCCUACCGAUAACCAGUGUCUUUAUCUCAAAGACUGGCAUUUUGUAAGAGCUUUCCCAGAAUGCAAUGCUUACAACACACCUUUGUAUUUUUGUUCUGAUUGGCUCAAUCAGUUUUGGGAUACAGGCGAGAGCUCUAGAGAUGACUACCGUUUUGUGUACAUGGGACCGAAAGGAUCUUGGACUCCCUUCCAUGCUGAUGUUUUGCAUUCCUACAGCUGGUCAGCAAAUAUCUGUGGAAAGAAACAGUGGCUAUUAUUUCCACCUGGUGAAGAAGUGUACCUGCGAGAUAAAUUUGGUAAUUUGGCAUUUGAUGUCACAUCUGAGGACGUUCACAACCCAGAGAUGUACCCAAACUAUGAGAAACUCUCACAGCAAUACAAAGUGAUUCAACAUCCUGGAGAAAUCAUAUUUGUCCCCAGUGGUUGGCAUCAUCAAGUGUGGAAUGUGGAAGACACAAUUUCCAUUAACCACAACUGGCUGAAUGGCUGCUCUAUAGAUCUUACCUGGAACUUUCUCAAAAGAAAUUUAAAGGACGUCGAAAAUGAAAUCUCUGAUUGUCGGGGUAUGGAAGGAUGGAACCAGCAAUGUCAGGUGGUGCUGAAAUCUCUCACAGGUUCCGACUACACAGACUUCUUUGAACUUUGCAACAACAUUGGCACCAAACAUCUUCAGUUUCUGAGUCAAUCGGACAAAUGUAGCACAAAUGAGGAGUGUGACCGUGGAGUUGGACAUUGUAAGACAAAGGAGUCACAAAAGGAAGAACAGGAGAUGACAAGGAACGCCUCAGCUGAAGUAUCACAGCAUCCAAAUACAGAUUUAGAAUUUCAGGAACAUUUUGCUCCUUUGAACAACAAAUGCCAUUCUGUCUUUGACCUAAACAGACUGAGGACUGUAUUAGAGAGUUUGGUUGACACGGAGCAACUGGAAUGCCAAAAGGAAGUCCAAAAUCUGCUUCAUCGCAUCAACUCAGUUUUCUAAUUCUUAUCACGAAGCCCGCUGUUUGAUUUUUGACUUCAUUUAGCCCCAGAUCAACACUGAUUGAACAGAGUUUGGAUCAAAGUCUUGAAAUGCUCCUGUCACAAUUUCAGAUUAGAAACUUUGUCUAAAGAAGCUGUCUGUCAGCACUUCCCAGAGGAAACUGAGAAAGAGCCAAACUUAGCUUCAUAAAAUCUAACCUUUUGACAUUCAAAAGUAAUGCUUAUUUAUUCACAUUGUUCUGAAUUAAUCAUGCAUUAGCUUAGAGAUUUGGAUGAUGUGAAUGAUGCUAGGUGUAGGCGUGGCUGUGUGCUAAGAAGCUUACUCCCCAACGUUUCUUGGGUUCAGUCCCACUGCAUGGUGUCUUCUACUAUAACCCUGGGCCGACCAAAGCUCUCUGAAUGGAUUUGGUAGGAAACUGAGAUAAUCAUGUAUUAUCUUGUAGCUUCGAGAUUUUUAAAAUGACAUUAUAGACUAUAUGCAAUAUGUCGAAUCUGGCUGGUUUGAACAUCAAAUAGAACAUUCGGGCCGGAUAUGACCAGUUUAAAUGCUAGAGCUCAAGGGUACUCAGGUACUCUACUCCCCAGCAACACCAAACUUCAUUUUGUUCUGUUACAGCAUUGUAUAAAAGAAGCAGCAAUGCCUCAGCGCUUUACUGUAAUUGAGCCAAACAUUGGUACAUCAAUAACCAAUAACUUUUCUUCAACACCCAUCCCUACUCACAUGUGUUUAUAAACACAUGCAUACAAAGAGAAGAAUCUUAUCUCCCCAACCCAAUAAAUUAUAGGUCUGUGGGGAGAAGGGAGGAGGGGGAUAAACAAGAAAGAUUAGUGAUGUCAGUGAUUAUAGCCCUGGGCCAAACCAAAGUCUUGAGUGGAUAUGGAGAAAGAAAACUAAAAGGAACUCAUCGCGUGCAACUCCUUGUCUUGACAUCAUGAUAGUUGUAAGCAAGUGGAUCAUACAAGCAGUGCUAAGUGUUUCUAGUCUUCUGUUAAAACCCGUUUAGCCAAGAGAAAAUAUUACCUCACCUGGAAACAGGCAUGGGUUGGUGACAGAGAAAGCAUCCAGUCAUAAAAGUUCCACCUAUCAUACAGGCAUGGAACAGACAGACAUGUUAUAUACACAUAUAUGUAUAAAAUCAAGUGUUGUGUUUUUUCAUACUGACAUGGGUUGGACAAGGACUUAUCAAGUCAGCAUUCUGUGGUCAUAUGUUCUUGUUUUAAAAUAUUCUGCUGGUUGUCAGACAUUGAAAGUGAUGACAUUAGAUAUAAAUAUUUUGCCAUUGUCCCAACAGCAACAACACUAAAGGCUUUGGAAGACAUUCAUUCAAGGUGUCAAAAAGACCAAACCUGAAUCCACAUUGUUACGAAGUGAACUUCUUGACCACAAAGCCAUUGUUUGACCACAUCAUUGAUAGCCAUCAAUGCUCAGUUUUCCAUGUUCCCAAGGGCAGAUCGAAUACUUCGAGGCAAACUUUGUAAGACCAGAUACUGUCGCCAACAUUCACCUGUUUCCAAGUAGACCUUUUGAACUUAAAAACAGCUUGAUGGCCAAAUAUUUUCACAAGACUACAAACGAUGCUGCUUAUAUAACAAUCACUUUUAUUUACAAUUAGCAGUGAAGACAUAAAUACACACAUAAGGGGUUUCUUUCAGUUUCCAUCAAAUGAAACCUAACACUCGUAAGGCUUUGGUCAGCCCAGGGCUUAUCAGUGUUCAUCACUCCCGAAUGGAACCUGGGAACGAGUUAUCUCACCUGUCUAUGACUUUCAGGUGUUUUAACACCCAGAACAAUGAAGUCUUUCAGGGGCUUCACAACAGUGAACCGGGAAGCAAACAAAACACACACACACUGAGUAUGUGUAGAUGAUAAUGUCUACAAUACCAGUGCUGCUUUUAAUUUAUUACUGAAUAUACAUACAUAUAUAUGAUGUGGUAAAAAAACACUGCCUCAGGGGUCCUGAAACCAUGUGGUUGAGAAGCAAAACCCUUACUACACAGCUAUGCCCUGCUCAUAGACAUACAUUAUAUAUAUAUAUAUAUAUAAAUCUAAAGAAUUAAAGAGACAAAUGUAGUAAUCUGCUGAUUUAUUAUAGAUUUACACAGCACACAGGUUUGGAAAAUAACAUUAGGAAAAGAAAAAUAGAAACAAACAGAAAACUCAUCAAUAAUUUGUAUUUUCUUUUAAAAACCAGGAGGGUAGGAUAGGGCCGGGAGGGAAGGAGGUAGGGAAAUAAAGGAAGGGACUGGGGACAGAUACUCGAACCCAGGGGCAGUUUUUUUUUUUGUUUUUCUUUUCAAUCAUAGAGAGUGGCUGUUCAAAUGCAUCUAACCCAUUUAAAAAAAAAAAUAUUUUCUUCUUUGCCACAAAUUAAUAUAUACUUUCUCAACAUAGAUGUUUGCAAGGAAACGUAUUUAAAAAAAAACGUUCAGGGAAAGAAAAUUACUACAGAAAUCAUUGCAAGCACAUGCAAAAUAAGUGAUAAUUUACAAAAACAAAAAAAAAAAAAACUCAGGACAGAAAUAUGAUGAGACAUUUAAAAUAAAAAAAAAAGUGUGGCGUAGAAAGAAAAAAAGUGGAGAGGGAAGGAAAAAAGACACUUCACAGCUAAGCUUGUGCUGUAGACUUAAAGGGAAGCUGCAUGUACCAAGCUUUACAAUCUAAAAUAAAUUUUUAAAAAAAUGUAAAUAAAAAAAUAAACAAUUUUUUGUUUGUUUUUUAAAUGCAGCAGUUUAAAAUUAGAUUACUAAAUUACAAUAGCUGAAAGUUAAACAUAAUUAAGUCUGAAGAGGUUGAGUUUGUGUUUUUUUUUUUUUAAUUCCACAUCUUUUUUUUUUCUUCUGUUUUUCCUGUUUUUUUCUUUCUUCCUUUUGUUUGUUUGUUUGUUUGUUUUUUUUGCUUUUAAAUCUUUAAGCUUGGUACAUGCAAUUUCUAGACGCUUACAUACAUGCACACACACAUGGAUAUCUGGGGCUACUGAAUAACAGCAAUUUCUCUAUAGUCCUUGCAUUGGGUUGGCAACUCAUAGGAUAUUUGAAGCUCAGUUGUUAAACUUUUGGAAGAGGAAAAAAAAAAAAACCCACCAAUAUUAGGCAAUUUUGUGUAACCUUUUUUUGUCCCACCCUGCUAGUACCUACUCAAGUAUUAUUUUCUUCUUUCUUUCACACAGAACCUAGUCGCAGAUUCUAAUGAGAUAAUACUGAGAACUAUAUGUGUACACAACA